AUGUGCUUCUACAGCCAGAAGAGAUUCCUUUGCGGCGAUUGGGCCUGGGGCAACUUUGCUGCCAAGUGCAACCACGAAUACCGAAUGGGCGAAACCUGCGGUAUGAAACUCGUCCACAACACCGAGAACAUUCAAGCCAUCUGCAAGCUUUGCGAGAAGAUCCAAACCAAGCACCGUAGACGCAACACGGAGGUUGAGCGCAUCAACCGGUGGCGCCGCGAGGGAAGCGUCAUGAAAGCUUCCAUGGAGAAAUCUCAGGCCAUGGUCAAAGAUUUCGAACAGGAAAUCAACCAAUUGGAGCAUGAGAGACAAAUGAAACAGAGAUCUAUUGGCAAGUGA